AUGGGUGCACCGAAGGCGCUUCGGCACUACGAGAAGCUGCUGAACUCGGCCGCGCAGCUCUGUGCCUCUCCCGGCUGGCUUUUCGUCGCCUCCUGCACCUACAGCAUAGGCGAGCGCGAGCUCUCUGGGGCGGCGAGCCGUGCCUUGGCCUGGGCUCAGAGAGAGCACCGGCUCGCGGCCACAAGCCGCCAGGCUGCGGAUCAUCCUGGUCAUUUGAUGCUGCCAGAGUCGCAGUACCUGAAGGGCCUUUUGCUCCACCUCCUCUAA